CUUCAUGUGACUGGUUGAUCAGUUGUGUUCAACGACUUACACAAUAAUCCAGUUGCUUUUCUAAAAAUAGUCAUAAAAAAAAAAUCAUUUUUUUUUUAAUUUGUCAAAUUCGACAUCGAUUGAUGGAAUAACGAGAAGAUCAAAAAGAGUAUGCGACGUAGUCGGUUAUUUAAUAAACCACAAGAUAAGGAACCCAAAAGUUAUUUAUACUCAAAAGAAGAUGUGUGUACACUUCAAACAAAUGAAGCGUUAGAUAUUGAAUUUAAAUUAGGCGUUUUAAGUGAUCUUUUAGUGUGUCCAUUAUGUGAAGGUUUUUUUAAAGAUGCCAUGACAAUUAAAGAAUGCCUUCAUACUUUUUGCAAAUCCUGUAUUUAUUUACAUUUAAUUAAUGAGAACGAUACCUGUCCAGUGUGUUUUAGUGUGGUUGGAUCAAGUUUACCCGACGUGGUUCAACGAGAUGUGACUAUACAAAAUUUAGUGGAUAAAAUGUUUCCUCAUUUUGCUUUAAAGGAAAACGAAGAAAAAAAGGAACUUAUGGAAACUCUACACGAGUUGUCUUUAAACGAGAAUGAAAAAGGUGAAGCGAGUAUUGAAAAAGAUAGUAAGAAGGAAGAAGAUUCAAAUGAAUUGAAAAACAUAUGUUUACCACCAUUUUACGAAACGGACAUGAGAACUUCUCUUGGUGUGUUAAAGGCUACAGAUGAAUGGUUUGCCCAUUUAUUAGAUAAAGAUAAAGGGCUUAGUUUUUUUAAAAAUCAUUGUGGAUUCACUGUAUCCUUAAGCUCUGCUGAUACUACAAAUUAUCUGGAAUUUAAAACAAAAUACAUAAGAACUUCAUCGCAAACGCAAAUUAUGCAUCUUGCAUUAUACAUUGCUGAUCAACUUCAUUUUCAAAAAUCGGAAUUAAGGAAUAUUGAGUUAUUACUACAAGGUCAGGUGUUAGCUCAUUCUCAUUCCUUGGAAUUCGCGUGUCGCUCGCGCAAGUUGAAUACUUCAACUUGUAUAGAUUUACAGUUCCGCGUGUUACAAGAAAAUCGAACAACUUUAACGUGAAGUUUGGUGACCCCACUGUUUGUUGGAAAAGCUAAUAGAGUUAAAACACUACUCUGCUUGGUGUUGCGCACAAAUUUGUCGACGUGUGUGUGUGUGUGUGUGUGUGUGUGUGUGUGUUAAACAAGAAGAAGAAACGUGUAGCUUCUUCGAAUUUUGUUUUUACAUUAAAUUGAUUAAACCAAAAAGUAUUAAAAACAAAUGAACGAAUGUUUUCAAUAACUUUGAUGAA